AUGUGGUGGUUAGGAGCGAGUGUCGGCAUCUUGUUGGGAGGAGCUCUGCCGCUCUUGUGGUGGUGGAGUCGGCGGCAAUGCAACGACGGCCACAAGGGGUCGUCGGCGGCGGUGCCGAAAGGGAACCUGGGCUGGCCUUUGAUCGGAGAAACUCUCGACUUCAUUGCCUGCGGAUACACUUCUCGGCCCGUUUCUUUCAUGGACGCCCGCAAAUCUCUGUAUGGGGAUGUGUUCAAAACGAACAUCCUGGGGACGCCCAUCAUCGUGUCGACGGACCCAGAAGUGAACAAAGUGGUGUUGCAGAACCAUGGCAGCAACUCCUUCAUCCCGGCUUACCCUAAAUCCAUCAGGGAACUUUUUGGGGAGCAGUCCAUUCUCCAGACCAACGGCCCCGUCCAGAAGAAGGUCCACGCUUUGAUCGGUGGCUUCCUCAGAUCCCCGCAGUUCAAAGCCCACAUCACCAACGACAUCCAGCAGUCCGUCAAGUUGACUUUGGAGUCGUGGAAGGGCAUGCACCGGCUGUUCGUCCAGGACGAGACCAGGAAGAUGACGUUUCAAGUGCUGGUGAAAGCCCUGAUGAGCGUCGGCCCUGGGGAUGAUUUGGAAUUCAUGAAAUCCGAAUUCCAGGAAUUCAUCAAAGGCUUGAUCUGCUUGCCCAUCAAUUUCCCUGGAACCACUCUCUACAACUCCUUAAAGGCAAGAGAGAGGUUGCUGAAGAUGGUGAAGAGAAUCGUGGAUGGAAGGAAGAUGGAGAUGGAGAUGACGGCGGACGGCGGCGGGAAGGCGGCUCCACGGGAUGCGGUGGACGUCCUCCUAGGGGAAACCGACGAGAAGCAUCUGCUGCCGUUGGAUUUCGUCAGCGCCAACAUCCUGGAGAUGAUGAUCCCAGGGGAAGAAACCGUGCCGACGGCCAUGACGCUGGCUGUCAAGUUCCUCAGCGACUGCCCCGUCGCUUUAAACCAACUAACGGAGGAGAACUUGGAACUGAAGAAGCAGAAGGAAGAGUUGUGUGAUGAGUAUUCUUGGACUGACUACAUGUCCUUGCCAUUUACUCAAAAUGUGAUCAGUGAGACAUUAAGGAUGGCAAAUAUCAUCAAUGGGGUUUGGAGGAAAGCUCUAAAAGAUGUGGAAAUCAAAGGACAUUUGAUCCCAAAAGGCUGGUGUGUUUUGGCAUCUUUCAUCUCUGUUCAUAUGGAUGAAGAGAACUACCAGCAUCCCUAUCAAUUCAAUCCAUGGAGAUGGGAGGGAAAAGGAGUUGGCGUGAACAACAACUGCUACACACCCUUUGGUGGAGGGCAGCGGCUGUGUCCUGGUUUGGAGCUGUCCAGGCUUGAAAUCUCAAUCUUCCUCCACCACCUAGUCACCACUUACAGAUGGAGUGCUGAAGAGGACGACAUUGUCUACUUUCCAACAGUUAAGAUGAAGAGGAAGCUGCCUAUCACUGUCACACCUCUUUAA